AUGAAGAAUGAUAAAAUCGAUGAAUGGAACGAAAGUACAGAAGAAAUAGCCUCAAUGAUAAAUACAGCUAUGAAUAAAUUAACAGACGUUACUCGUUCUACGUGGAAUCCUGAUUUUACUUUGGAAGACUGUGAAAAUCUAUUGAUUCAAAGAUUAGGAGAAACCAACGCCUACCUAACUGUGUUACAGGAACGUCAACAUGAAUUGGAAAAAACACAACAUGAAGUCCAAAAACAGAAAGAAGAACUUAAUUAUUUAUAUGAUGAAUCACAAAAUGCAAUUUGCAAAUUUGAUAAUGAUGCUGACCACUAUCAUGAAACAAAAACAAAAUAUCAAAAAUUAAUUAAAACUAUAAAUCAGCGACGUAAACAAAUUGAAGAUGAAAAAAACAACUUUGAAAAAAAAUUAGAAAAUGUUCAUACUAAACUAGAAUUGCUUGAAAAAUGUUCUAACAUGUAUUAUCCAGUAUUAUCAACAUCAGAUUAUAUUAAAAACAAUAAGUUGCAUAAAAGUAGUAUUACAGUAUCUGAACAACAAGACGAAACAUGGAAUCAGUUAUAUCGGUUAUUUGAUUGGAACGUCGAUAGCAUCACAAAAGAAACACUUUCAGACCUCAAAGAUACAAAUACAACUAACGCAGAUAUCAAAAAACUCAAACCUAAACUUGCUGUUAGUAAUUCAAGAAGCUCUGGAAUUAUAAAUCAAUUUAAAUAUAUGUUAGAAAGUGGACAUAUUUCAUCGUUGUGGAAUAGGUCUGAAAUUCACGCUUCUUCAUGUCACAGUCACGUUAAAGGUCUUGGAGUUAAUAGUAAUUUGGAAAUUGAAAGUUCUUUAGUUUGUGGUUUAGUUGGACAACAUGAGAGUAGAAUAUCGUUAGCCUUGAUAGAAGAUCUUAUUUUAUCUCAAAAAUUUAGUGGAAGAGCAAUUUUACUUGCUGGUCCACCUGGAACUGGAAAAACGGCUUUAGCUCUCGGUUUGUGUAAAGCAUUAGGAACAAAAAUUCCUUUUUGUACUGUUUCACCAGCAGAACUUUAUUCGCAAGAAGUAAAAAAAACGGAAGUUUUGAACGAAUAUUUGCGCAGAGUAACGCGCGUUCGUAUCAAAGUUACAAAACAUAUUUAUGAAGGCGAAUUAAUUGAUUUACAUUUAGAAGAAUCUAGAGAAUUUCCGAACCAGUCAAGUAAUAUUAUUACUGCAAUUGUAGUAACGUUAAAAGCCGCUGCUGGAACCUUGACCGCCAAAUUUCCGCCUUCUAUUCACAAAGAAUUUAUUAGAGAAAAAAUCAACAUAGGAGAUGUUGUUCAUAUUCAGGCUGAAAGUUGUUUAGUUCGCAGAGUCGGAGCAUUCAAUUCUAAUCACUCAGCGAUAGAUUUAGAAUUUGAUAAUUUCGUUCCGUUGCCCACUGGUCAAGUAUAUAAAAAACGUGAAAUAGUGCAAGAUUUAACGUUACAUGAUUUAGAUCGAGCUAAUGGUCAGCCAACCAGUAUGGGCGAAUUAUCAUCAAUACUUUCAUCUUUACAGGCACCAAAAAAAACUGAAAUUACAAAUAAAUUAAGGGCUGAGGUUGACAAAAUGGUUCAAAACUAUGUAGAAGAAGGAAAUUGUGAAAUCAUACCAGGUGUUUUAUUUAUAGAUGAAGCUCAUAACUUAGACAUACACUGUUUCGCUUAUUUACACAAAAUUAUUGAAUCAGCAAAUUCACCAACAAUCAUUCUGGCAACGAAUAAAGGCAUGGAGCCAGUUAACGAUCCAUACAACAACCAUAAAAGUUCUAACGAACUGUCUCCUCACGGAAUACCAUUCGAUUUUUUAGAUCGUUGUUUAAUUAUUCCUACUAAUCCAAUUACAAUUGAAGAUGCAAUUGAAAUUAUACAAAUUCGUGCUAACGAAGAAAACACUAAAUUGGAGCCCGAAGCGUUGUCAAAGUUAGCUGAAAUAUGUGUUAAAACAUCUCUCCGACAUGCAAUACAAAUGUUAUCACCAGCGUUGAUGGCUGCCAAAAUUCGAGGCAGUGAAAUUGUCGAUUUAAGCGAUGUCUUAAACGUUACGAAUUUGUUUUCUAGCGCCGAAGAAUCUGUACAAUUUUUAAAAAACAACUAA